CCCACCCAUUUGUUUGCAGCGUCCGAAUUUUAUCAGAAUUCGAACCCUCCAAAUUCCAGUUCCCAUUUUCCAAUCCAACGAUUUCCCUCCGCCGUUGAAGCCUCAGAAUUCGGCUGUCUGUGCUACCGUUGGUAAUGGCAAUGUCUCCGAGUGCAGCAGCUAUGGCGGCUCAGUUGCCGUCUUCCUCGUCUUCGUUGUAUUCUGGUAAGAUUCGCUACAAUGCAAAUAUUGUUGGUCUCCCAAGUUUGUCAUGCCGGGGAAGUCAAAUUGGGAGGGUUAGAAGAUCUCUUUGUGUGUAUGCUCUAUUUGGUGGGAAGAAGGAUAGCAAUGAAAAGAGUGAUGAUAAUUCUUCCAAGGCAGGAAUAUUCGGAAACAUGCAAAACUUAUACGAGACUGUAAAGAAGGCACAAUCGAUAGUCCAAGUUGAGGCAGUACGGGUUCAGCAAGAGCUUGCAGCAGCUGAAUUUGAUGGUUACUGUGAAGGCGAGCUAAUAAAGGCAACACUCUCGGGGAAUCAACAACCUGUUCGCAUAGAGAUAACUGAGGCUGCAAUGGAGUUGGGACCCGACAAACUAUCACUUCUGGUGACCGAGGCCUACAAAGACGCGCACAAGAAGAGCGUGGAGGCCAUGAAAGAGAGAAUGAGCAAUCUCGCGCAAAGCCUAGGAAUGCCGCCGGGUCUCAGCGAGGGACUCAAGUGAUUGUCGCCAGAGUCGGCUGGCUUUCAAUUUUGUGUGCUAGCAGGUUUGCAAUACUACACUUUAUGUCUAUUGUCUCCUACCUUUUUAUUUAAGAUGCAGAAUAUGUGUUGCUCUCUCCACUCAUUUUUAUGUGCUGCUCUCAUUUAAUUGUCAAA